UUUCACCUGAAGAAGAAACAUGGCGGAGUCGGGAGAUGUGACAACGUCUGCCAUUGCCAAUAGUUGUAGAACACAAACUUUACAGAGUAAAAAUGGAGUUAACGGGUCUGAUAAACCACAUAAAAGAGUGGUAGUAUUCGACUGUCGCCCGGAAAGAGACGUCGAUGCAACGGAGAGAGUUCUGGACAUAAAUGGCUUGGACUUCAACGACUUCCUUCAAUUUGUAUCAAAGGAAUUUGCCAUUCCUUCCAACGAAACGUUUGUCUUGACAACAACUGACAGAAAAGGAAUAGAUUUGGACAGAUAUGAGGAACUUCAACAAGGAAACACUCUCCACCUGUUGCAGAGCGAGGACCAGACCCUGCCCGCAGCAACUAAGGAACACAUUGUGUUCCUCCCUCACUACGAUACACUGGUCCAGAGUGGCAUGUAUGAGUACUAUGCUAGUGAGGGCCAGAAGUCUUUACCGUAUGCCUUUGCAGAACUAAUCGACAAUGCACUGUCAGCGACAUCGCACAACGCAGGAGUGAGGACCAUAGACAUCCGAUUGCUGUUUGAUGAGUCCUUGGGGAAACAUGCAGUGGUUAUCAUGGACAACGGCUGUGGAAUGACCUCCAAGCAGCUUAAUAACUGGGCUGUGUACAGGCUCUCCAAAUUCAGCAGGGAAACCGGCACGUUUUCAAGUGAUCACGCUGGGUAUGUUCGUCCUGAUCCAGUCCCUCGCAGUCUCAACAGUGAUAUAUCAUAUUUUGGAGUAGGAGGGAAACAAGCAGUGUUCUACAUUGGACAGUCAACCAGGAUGAUCACCAAACCAGCGGGCUCCCCAGAUGUCCAUGAACUCAUCAUUUCAAAAGAAGAGUUUGAGAGGAAGGAGCGGAACAAGGAAGAUAUUUAUAGUGGUUUUAUCAGAAACCGGAAGAUGGGUGACUCGUCCCACGUGAGCGACGACGAGGAGCGCUUCCUCCACGGGCUGAUCUCUGAGGAGGUGGGAAAGGACAGCUUCACGGCCGUGGUGGUGACGGGGGUCCAGCCUGAACACAUCACCUUCCUCAAGCAGGACUUUCACCUGUGGACUAGAGAACUGGCCCACUUGUAUCACUAUUACAUUCACGGCCUAAAUGGGAAUGACAUGAAAGCCUCCUACCGAAACUCUGAUUGUGUCUCCAACAUUGACAUUCAGAUCUCUCUGCUGGAGAAGUUCCCCAAGAUCCCUCGCAUGGUGAACCUCAGAGAAAUCGACAACGACAUGCAGACGCUCUACAUCAACGCAUCGGCUGACACGUUCGAGUUCAAGGCCUGCACAGACAAUGAAGGAACAGUGGAGGGGGUCCUGAGGUACCACCCCUUCCUCUAUGACAGGGAAACCUACCCUGAAGACCCUUACGCCAUACAAGCUACGGAAGAGGAUGAUGAGGACAGUAUCGUCCUGAACCAGGCCAGGGGAAAGAGGCCCAUAUUUGAGUGUUUUUGGAAUGGACGUCUCAUCCCAUACACCACUGUAUCUGAGUUUGACUGGUGCGCAUGGCCCAAGAAGACUGGGACAGUGCCUGCAGAGUGUUACAGCAGGUUCUCAGGGGCGCUGUUCACCAACGACAGGUUCCAGGUCAGCACCAACAAGCUCACUUUCAUGGACCUGGAGCUGCAGCUAAAGAAUAAGGAGACCUUAUUCACCCGCAUCGUCAAUGGCCAGGAACAAAGGGUUAAGAUCCAGAAGGAGUUUCACCAGUGGCUGAAGACCUGCCACGAGAAGUGGGACAAGCAAGUGAAGUUCAGAGGCUUCAAGGGCACCAUCAAACGAACUGACGUGGCCACCAAGAAGAUGCAAUCUCCUUGGGCUACCUUCUCCUCCAUCGAGUGGGACGGUAGAAUGUACAAAGCUGGCCAAUACGUGAAGUCUCAGAAAACACAGCCCAUCUUCUUUGGCUCCGUUAUUCAGUUCCUACUGUAUGGCGAUCACGAGGGAGAUGUCUACGCCACAGGGGGGCAGGUGAAGGUGGCCAUGGAACCAAAGGCGCUGUACAAUGACAUCAAGACAAUACCCAUCUCCAAAAUCGACAGGGUGAUUACCAAUGCAGCCAUCAAGAAGAGCAUUGAUGACGAACUAGCCAAACUCCCAGACGAGCUUAAAGUGACCUGGCCGGAGGGCAACCCCUGGACCCAGAACGAUGUCCGGCCAGCAGGCACUCCACUAGGACCUCUCCAUGUGGAAAUUCUCAACAAGAAAGGAGAGUCGAUAUCCAGGAUACCAUCAGCCACACAAAACGCAUCACGGAAAGCACUUUCAAUCGAACUAAAAGUUGUUUGGCAUUCUCCUAAUGGUGAUGUGGAGACCAACUCUCACAUUGCAGCACAUUCAGCCAAGUGGGCAUUCUGGUUCAGAACCAUGGAGAACCUGAACAAGAUGGGGAAGUACACUCUGCACCUGAACACAGUACUCAAUGUCAAUGAGCGCAACUCUACCGUCUGGGCUGGGAACCAGCUUCCCAACCACACACUGGACUUCUCCAUUACUGAGGGCAGUGCAGAGAGGUUUGUGGUGGGUACAGUUACCACCCUGCUCCAUGUGGGGGUGCCUUUCCACAUCCCACUGGAGCUACUGGAUGAAUACGGUCACCCUGCUCGCCCCCCUCCCAACCUCAAGCCCCUCCUGGAAUGCAGUGCCCUGGAAGUGAGUUAUGAGGGGGCGGCCUCUAGAGGGACCAUUUUUACCAUCCGAGGCGUCAGAGCCAGAGGGGCGGUGCAGAACUACCAGAACAAGACGCACGACUUGAAAGUGGUACUGCCUGGCCUCAAACAGGACUCGCAGACUCUGAAGAUCAGCCUUCUCCCUGGUAACCCAGAUUCACUCAAAGUGAAACAAGAGGAUUCAAUCACUGUGGAGAAUGGAACCUCGGUUAGCUUUGAUGUGGAGGUCCAUGACGAAGCCGGAAACGUCACAGCUCACCCGAAACUGAUCGUCUGCUGCCAGUUGCAGGGGAUCCCCGGUUCGUCCUCCAUGGUGGCUGUAGACUGCAGUAACACAGGAGCUGGGACCCUGGUGCUAAAACCAAUCACCUUCAAAAACAUCACGGGAGAUCAGACGGUUAAAGCUACGUUUGAUAUUCCAAGUCAGAAGAGUGUAGCCCCAGUCCAGAGGGAUCUGAGGGUUGUCCCCAGCACCCGUGUAUCACGUCUCGAGGUGUACAGUCAGGAGGACGUGGACAGCCUGGUGGACUCCAUGGUGCUGAGGGACAAGGAAAAGAUCGACUGGACGGCAGGGGACCUCCUGGAGAACCUCCAUUAUAGACUGUAUGACGAGGGAGGCAGGGAGGUCCCUCUGUCUGAAGAGAUGGCCCAGAGGAUCAAGGUGAACUGGACGGCUGAUGUGAGUGUGGAGGAGCUGGCCCAGGGGAAGCUGCCCAACGUGCUGGUCCCAUCUCUGGUGAAGGAGGAGCACUUCUACCAGGUCUCCUACAUGGAGCAGCUGGUGUCUGUCGACACCUCCUUCACUAUAGUGCCCCGCCCCGACGAGCCGAAACACAUGAAGGCCACGCUGAGCGAGUCGACCGUGAGGAUGGGAGAAGUCCUAUCAGGAAAGAUCUACUUACAGCUUACGGACCAGUAUGGCAAUAAAACUCAGAUGCUGACCGCGACCUGUGUGGACUCUCUUACCGUGGACGCAGAGGGUCUCGACAAAGCAUCCCUGGUCUUUACCUGGCAGGAGAGCACCCACUCCAUCUUAGUGACGGGGGUGCGGUUCAACCCCGGGUUCCCAGGUAUCAGAGAGCUGAACUUCACCUGGAGGGACUUUGCGGAGCAUGUGACCAUUAAAUUGACGGCCGGGGUCCCUGCACAGCUCAAACUAGUGGACGGACCACAGGAGCCCCUGCAGGUACUGAAUGAGCAGGGCAUCCAGACGCCCUUCCUCCUCCAGCUGUUUGAUGAGUGGGGGAACCCCUCUCCUGACCAGAGGGUUGUGGUGAUGCUGAAGACUUCCACUCCAGCCCUGAAGGUGAAGUCAUCUGUUAAUUCACAACCGAUAGACAAAGAUGGAAAAGCCAGUUUCGUAGUAGACCAUGUGAGCGGUCCAAAGGGGGAGUAUGCGCUGGAGUUCAGAGGGUCCUUCAACACGAAGCCCAUCCAUGGUCCAUCUGUAAAGCUUACCAUUAUCCCUGAUCCUAACAAACCUAUCAAACUGGUGGUGGAGUACAACACAAACUCAGUGUUUCAUGCUGGAGGCACCCUCACAGUGUUUUCAGUGUCUGUGAUGUCGGAGGAGGGCAGCACCAUCAAGAACCUAAACCCUGCCAACUUGUCCAUGCUGUUGUGGAAGGGAGAGCCAUCAGGGGCGUCACGGCCCCCCUCAGGGGCUGCCCAACUGAAAUGCAGCAAACCCAUGGUAGACGAAAAGGAGGACAGUUUUCACUUCAGAGACAAAGUCAUCCCAGACCAUGUUGGGAAGUACACCAUCCAGUUUGUGCUGUGUGUGGACAAGACUAAAGGGCUGUGGAGUCACCAGUAUGUCAUAAAUGUUGUACCCAACGAUCCUGUCAAAUUGGCCCCAGACCUGCAGCCACCAACCCCAGUGGUGGUUAACAACAAUGUCCUUGCCAGUCGGACUCUGGUGGAGGGCAUGUCUCUGAAAUUAAUGGAUAUCUAUAAUAACCCAGCGGGGCUGGAGCUGAGUGGGAAGGUGGUGGUGACCAUCAAGAGCUCCAAAGGCUCCAGUGACAAAGACCUGCCUCUCUUUGAGGGCAAAGCCAAGAGCCUGCAGUUUAGCCUGGCUAAUGGAGAGGCCCACAUCACUAAUAUGUCCAUCAUGGAGAACAGUCCUGGUCAGGAUGGGAAUGAGUACGUCCUGCUCUUCAGACCUUCCGUCCCAGGGUUUGGCCCCAAAAAUCCCCUGGCAGCGUUUGAGCUUCCCUUCCGCUUCUACAACGAUGUGGAGAACAGGAAGCAGAUGUCUGAACUGACCAAGAAGAAGGACCAGCUCAAACAGACAGUUGAAAUCUACAAGAGUCUGUUUGACACCAACAGGCAACUCAUCGCUGAGCUCAAAAAUCAGGUGUGCAACGCCGCCAACAAGGAGAGUCACCUGAAAUCGGAGCUCAGGAAGAAUAGCAUGGAUGUAGCACAACUGUCGUCCAUCCCAGCGAUCGACGAACUGAUUAGUCAGAAGACUGCUGACACGGAGAAGAUGAAACUCCAGACGCGGAGAGUCUGCUCCAUGCCCGAUCCCUUCAGGGGCAACCCCGACGUCCUGGGAAAAAUUGGCCACCUGGCGCUGGUGGAGGACGAUGAUGUGGCCACAGUCAUCUCCUGGCACCUCUUGGGGGACAUUGACUGUGUGGUCACCAUGACAACAGUGGCGGCGCGGAAGAUCUAUGACGACACCCAGGGGAGGCAGCAGGUCAUGCCCCUGGACACAGUGUUCUGGAGGAACAACAGCAGCAGACCCUUGCCCCACAUAAGGAAAGGUCAGGCCAGCUUUCGUCCCAUUGGGAACCCUGUGUUUGCCCGAGACCUCCUUAUUUUCCCAGAGAAUGCAGAGAACUGCCAGAUAGUGUUUGGCAACCUCCUUGGAGACACCAUUUUGACGGAUGACCUGGACUCUGCUAACCACUACAGGAAGGGGGUGGUCCAGAGCAAGAUGCCAUGCCCCACCCUCCUGACCCGGCAGGGCGAGAGGAUCCGCAGCAAUGGCAAGUUUGGGGGCUUGCAGAACAAAGCCCCUCCGAUAGAGAGACUGCGUGGCCAGGUGUUCGGCGCACCCCUCCCCAAGGAGUACCACACCUUUAUGGGCCAGAUUGACCUGCUCCAGCAGUACCGGUUGGCCAUGGAAAAGAGCAGACAGGUGAAGGAGGACUUUGACUGCCACAUGCAAUACCUGAAGUCACCUGAGAUGGUGCAGAAGGAGGAGGAGAUGGAUGAGCAGGAGAAGCAGCUCAAAGACAUUGAGACAAAGCUUGCCAGUACUCCAGUUCGGACGCCUUCUGCCAUUGGGGUGAAACGGAGUCUUGACAAGGCCGGAGAAUCGUCCGGUAUGGUAACCAAGAGGACGAGGCGGAAGUUAUUAAAACAGGACUAUUGAUUUCCCUUUUUUGAGCGACAUGAAUGUCCAUUUUCAAUUACAUUUGACAUGUACAACAGAGCGUUUUACCAUGCCAUCUACAUUAUGUCUGAGAGUUAGUCUCUUCAUCCAUUUUCAUUAAUUUGUACAACAGGUUGUGUAUUGUUCCGUUUUAACUUGCUUUUUGUUCAGUUUACAAUUAACUGCGUUUGAGAGGGAAGGAAGGUUUUGGACAAUGUACAAAGAUUUGUUUUAUUUUUUAUUAAAAAAUAUUUUAUAAAUUG